AUGGAUUAGGAUAUAGUGAUAAAAUGUUAGAUAGAAGAUCAUGAGAAUAAUGUAAAAUUGGUUUGUUUUGAUGAAAUGUGUAAAGAGAAUAGAUUAUAUUGUAUGUAAUGCAAUAGAAAUGGAAUUCAUAUUUCUCAUAAUUAACAUUAAUAUGAAUUACCAAUUUUAUUUGAACAUAUUCAAUAAGUUAAUUAAGAAUGUGAUGAUUUUAUUAAAAGGUUCAAUAAAUUAAUGGAUUCAAUUUAACAAUCCUUUUAUUAAUUAAUUUAAGGAAUCAGAACUAAAUAUCAAAGAUCCAAACAAUAAUUCCUAAAAUUUAAUUCAAAGCAAAUGAAUUCUUUUUUU